AUGAAGGCCCUUGCACGCAACCACGUAUUCUGGACGAAGAUCAACGACGACUUGGAGAAGCUCGUUCGUACCUGCGCCGCCUGUCAGGAAACCGCCAAGUCACCCGUCAAGAACACACUUUGUUCAUGGUCUCGCCCGGAUGCGCCUUGGAGCCGUAUUCACAUUGAUUUCGCUGGCCCAAUUGAGGGGAUUUCUUACCUAGUAGUCGUCGACGCUUUCUCAAAAUGGCCGGAAAUCAUGCCAAUGACUACCACCACCUCUACUGCAACACUAAGGGAGCUCCGACGUCUAUUCGCGCAAUUCGGACUUCCUCAAACAAUCGUCUCAGAUAACGGAACUCAGUUCACUUCCGCUGAGUUCCAGGAUUUUUGCCGAAACAAUGGAAUCAAGCACGUUCGGUCGCCACCGUUUCAUCCUCAGUCGAAUGGACAAGCUGAACGCUUUGUCGAUACAUUCAAACGCUCAAUCAGAAAGAUUAAGAGCAAAGGACCGAUCGUGGACGCUCUACACACAUUCCUCUUCACCUAUAGAAACACGCCGUGCAACGCAUCACCCGAUGGACGAUCUCCCGCAGAAAACUUCAUCGGUCGACGCCUUCGCAGCACGCUGGACUUGCUGAAGCCUAGCCAUUCGCCAGAAGCUAGGCCAGACAUCGUCAUGGAGAUGCAGUUCAACAGACGACAUGGAGCCAAGCCGAAGAAGUUCGAGCCAAAAGACCUUGUUUUCGCUCGCGACUUCCGCUCCGGACAACCCAGAUGGUCUCCCGGACAUAUUCUACGACGACAUGGACGCGCGCUAUACGACGUGUUGGUUCAAGGAUCCAUCUGGAAGCGCCACGCCAAUCAACUUCGCCCACGUGACUCACUGGGAGAAACAAUUGAUCUGACAAACGCGUACGACAUGCCGUUCAAUUCCUCACCAGACUCGCCUUCAGGGACGUCAUCCACACGAUCGUUGUCUACAAUGGCCACUACAGCCCCGCUCACGACAACAACGACGACGGCUGCACCACCAGCGCCUCCUGCCGUUACACCGCGUCGUUCGACCCGUACUCGACGCCCUCCAGACUUCCUUCAGAUUGACCCGUACGCCAAGUCGUACCAGGGUCGUCAAUCUUAG